AUGGCUGCUACGAAGCGAAUUAUGAGAGAUUUGAGCGACCUUGAUAGAUUUCCCGUACCAGGACUUGGUGUUUGCUGUCCCGAUGAAUCGAAUCCAUUUCUUCUACAUUGUAAUGUAUUGAUUAAUGAUGGGCCCUAUCGUGGCAUUAUGAUUCAUUUAGUCCUUCAUAUUCCAGAAGAUUACCCAUUGACAGGCCCUGCGGGAAAUAUAGCGCCUGGUUUAGAAUUCGAUUCUACCUAUCAUAGUCACAUCCAUUUUGAUGGAAGAAACGGACAUGCCUUAUGUACUGAUCUAUUGACAAAUUAUGCGAGUCACUUUCGUUUUAUAGAUAAUGGUAACGCCAAGCAAGCUAGUGGAUGGAGUCCGGGCUAUACGUUAUCAACCGCACUCCUUCAAAUAGUUACAUUUUUUGCUGAACCUGAUCUGCACGGUGAUCCAUUACCGGAGAGCAUUAUUCGCCUACGAAAUAUGGUUAAAACAUUUCAAUGUCACACAUGUGGCCAUUCGUAUGAAAAGCCCAAUCCACAAGUAAUUAAUUAUUCUACAAAUGUAUCAGUUCAAGAAGAAGCAACGUCCACGGAAAUAGAGGAUGAAAAACUGAAAGCCGACCGUAAACAUGCUCAACGGCAACGUGAACUAUUGGAAAAACUAACAUGUGGUAUAACAAAACAAAAUGUCAUAGAAGAUAAUAUUUGUCUAGGCUAUCCGUUAUUAAUUAAACGUGACAAUUAUGGAAAAUUACAGUCAGAAACGGUUUUGGAACUUAUUUCAUACGAUGCCUAUGUUGCAGAAAUACAAAAAUCAGGCGAAGAUAAAUUAGAUUAUUAUGAACAUUUGAAAUUUCGUUCUGUUACUGGAAAAGAUUACAAUCAUUGGUUGCCGAUAUUUAUUAAUGACGCUCACUUUCAAAAAGGACAAACUAUUAUUCAGAACAGUAUUAGUGUGAUUUAUCAUGGUUCUGCAUUGGGUAGCGCCAGAUAUGAUUUUCAACCGUUCAUGGCACUGAAAGUCUUGACAGCUUUGAUGAAUCAAUCUGGUGUACGAUUAUUCAAUGGUGAAAUGUUUGAAUCAAAACAUGCCAUUGAAGCAUAUUGUCAUUUUCUACGUCUAUUAAUGCACUUUAUUGAUAUUUAUCCUGAAUUAGGCGAGUGA